AUGCUGGGCGCGGAACUGGUUCGCACACGUACCUCAGCCUCGGUCGACGAUGUGGACUCGCACAUCCGAAUAGCAGCGAAGAUCAAAGAGGAGUUGGGUCCAAAUGCGCACAUUCCGGAUCAAUACCUCAAUGCUUUCAAUCCGAUCGCCCACUACGAUCAGACGGCGGAGGAAAUUUUGGAAGCUGUAAUUGACUGCCACGGAAAACCACGCGUUGACAUGAUUGUGAUUGGUGCCGGAACUGGCGGCACCGCAACGGGGAUCGCACGAAAAUUUAAACAACGCGUCCCUCGGUGCAAGGUGAGUUGGAUGGUGAUGCAUGUUCACAAGUCUGCUGGUGCUAACAGGCAGACUUGCUGAAGCAGUAUAAUAAUAAAAGUUGCAGAAUGCACAGCAGACUAUUGUUUAACCGUGAUACGCAAAAAUUCCACAGUAUGAAUUGUCACCUACACGGAAAGAUCGAAUUUCUAAUAGGCUGCCAGGCACGUCUGUUAUCCCUAUAAACUACUUCGCGCGCAAGGCACGGUCACACACUAACCACGUCGUGGCCCACACAGGCAUCAUUGUUUGCGAUGGUCAGACUGUCGUAAUACCAGUCCCCCUUGUCUUUGUUGGUAAUACCAUUCUGUCGUAAUACCAUUUUUACAUGUACAUACAUAUCAGAGAGUUUACUUCUGAGUCUGGGGGUAGAUGGAUACAGAACCGUUUUGGGCUUGUUUACCUUCAUUCAACCAAUCAUAACCCUAACCACCAUCUGGGAUCGGAAACACAAACAUGUGCACACAGAAAUGGCGCAACUGGUCCACCACUGGAGUCCAUCAGACUGGUCAUAAGCGCUUCAUCGAACCGAAUUUCAUCAGUGCCUCGCCACCUGCCCUUCUCUGUCGCUGCUGAUCGGGUAUUUAUUAAAUCGGGAAUGGGCACACAUCGAUCCAUUGACUUCCCGAGGCAAACAAGCUUCGAAUGGGUGACAGGGGUUACGAACAGACAACCAGCUGACAGGCCGAAAUUGACCAACCUAGGAUAGCAGAGUAGAGGCGACAGGAUUUGAGAGGUAGAUUUAUGCAGAACGGUUUCGGGCGUGUUUGCCUUAAUUCAGCCACUUAAUUCAGCAUUGGUGAAUCUUGGUUCGAUGAAGUGGUUAUGACCCAUCGGGUAGACCACACCGGUGGAUCAGCUGCGCCAGCUCUGUGUGCGCAUGUUUGUGUUUCCGGUCCCAGCUGGUGGUUAGGUUUGUGAUUGGCUGAAUGAAGACAAGCAACCCCAAAACAGUUCUCUGUCAAUCUACUAUCAAACUCUGUCGUCUCCCUCUGCAAUUAUACCUUGGCCGGCUUUGGCCUGCCACAUGGUCUCCUGUUCGUGACCCAUGUCACCCAUGCGAAGAUUAUUGAUUUCGGAAAACCAGUGGGUCGGUGUGCGUUCAUCCCUGAGUGAAUACAUGUGGAAAUAUAUGUAUGCAUAUUGUUUUCAUCAUCCCCCGAAGAAGACAAAGAAGAGCGGACGAGUUCAAGGACCGAAAUAUAAUUGGACUGACGUUUCGAGAACUCACGUUUCCAUCAUCAGAGUAGUAUGUUGGUUGUUCCCGCUGACCUUGAUUGCUUCAGCCUUGAUGCCCGCCUGGUGUUAUACCCGUGCUCAAGGCACGAACUAUGACCUGCCCGUUCGCUGUUAAUCAGUGUUGACCUCUCUGAGGUUGACCGACGUUGGGCUCCUGUCACCUUUGACCCCUUUGCGGCCGCCGUAGUUAUAGGCGAGGCGGCAUGCUUGUCGGCCUUCCCCUCGUCGACCAACGGACUGAUCAGUUGUUGGGGCUCGUGUGAGUUUAUCUCAGCCUCUUGGGCGCCGCGGUGGGGUGGUGCCCCGUGCUGGUCACAUGACCUCCGGCCGGCUUCUCUCCUAUCUCCCGCUGGCAUCAAUCGUAGGCCACACGCGACUUUGCUCGACUACCCUGACGGCCUUGUACGCACCGACUCGAGCCUUGUGCGUAGCUCCUGGUAGAUGAGAUUCAGAUCUAUGGCUCUGUUAUGUAUGCCAGUUGACGACGAACUUUCGAGCAUCAGUCUGGCCAUCUUAUCAUUGGCUCGGCCGAUUACCCUUGCCUUCUCAAAGGCGAAAUUGUGGUUCUAUUGCACGUGGCCAAAAACCAUAGAAAGCUUGCCCAUGCGGUUGAUUGCGAGCUGGUGCUCAUGCAAUCUUGUGCCAGGGUAUUUGCCCGUUUCACCAACAUAUCUUGCACCACAGUUUUCGUAUGGUAUGCCGUAGACCACCGCUGAUUGUUCUGUCGCUGGUGGCGGGUCUUUGGGCCUCAUUAUUUGUUGUCUAAUUGUUGACUCUGGCUUAUGAGCCACACCGAUCCCGAACGGCUUCAGGAUUCUUGCCGUCGCUUUUGAUUCGUUCUUCAUAUAAAGGAUUGCAAGCCAAAACUUCAGGUUUUCCCUGUUCGACCGCACAAGGUGGGGCCUCCUAAUACCCUCGCGUAUGAAAGCCUUCGGAUAACCGUAGGCUUUAAGCAGGGCGUGCAAGUACUUAAUCUCUUCCUUCCUCCCAUUGUUGUCGCUGCAGUGUGUUUGAACGCGUUGGAAGAGGGCUCUGACACGACUGCGUUCGUGACCAACGGGGUGGUUGUUUCAGAAGUGGAGGAUUCACCUGGUAUUAGUUGCCUUGCGGUAGACCGUUGUCUUUAUCUUCGCGCCUGUCAGUUUUGUCACUUGUACGUCCAAGAAGGCCAAAUGAUUGUUGAGCUCUUUCUCCAUAGUAAACUGGAUUUCGGGAAAGAUUGAAUUGAACAGUGCCUUGAAAGCCUGCACGUCGCUCCUUUUUAUGAUGACGAAAGUGUCGUCGACGUAUCUUGCCCCGAUCUUCGGCGAGUACAUGAUGAAGAGACCAGCCACUCGCGCCUCUGCAAAGCCGCUUCGGCAACUAAUCCAGGCAGAGGCGAGCCCAUCGGCGUCCCCUUCUUUUGUUCGUAAACCUGGCCGUUAAACGUGAAGAAAGUUCUAAAAGACAGUUCCAGGAGCUCGAUGAUGUGCACUCGCUUGAGGUGUACGUCGGUUUCAUGGUAUUUUGGAAAGCGAAGGAAUGGCCAGAAGCUGCGUAAUUUUCCGCCACCAGCGAGAGCUGAUCCAUUCUUCGUACCGCUCUUGCUGGUGGUGAAGCAUUGCGCAGCUUCUGGUCAUGCUUUCAAAGACGAUCAAACGGUCAGAGAGACGUUAGAAGCAUGGCACAACACAACUACCUCGCUUAACCACUACGUAACUUUGCCGGCUACCUACCAAGCCCUACGGGUGAAUUUCGGUAAGCAGGACUACGUGUGAAACGUCAGGCCAGAUACGGCAGUAGUGAAGCCCAGAAAAAGCGAGAAAACGGACGAGCAUGGACAGGCGUCGGAAACAGACAAAAACAUGGGACAACCGGCGGCGAACGCAAACCCAGGAGACCGCCUACUGGGUCAGAAAGCAGAUGGACACGAGUACUCGCCGAGACCGCACGGCAGUGACAAGGACCCCCAGCCCGACGUCAACACUGAAAUAACAACCACCGUCCACACGGUUACGGGCAGGUGUGAAAGGAACAGGAAGGCGAGAUACGUGGAAGGCGAACAACGGACAAUGCAGACAAGAGCAAUAGCCGCGGUCAGCCAGACGGCGUCCCCCUCCCCACUCGACAAAGGUUGAGAAGGAGCCGAUGCCACCAUGACAACGCUAGUCUACCCCUUAAUGCAGUGCGCCGGAAGUCAGUGAUACGCCAGCGCGGAGACAAUCCAUUAAAUAAUGCAGCGUGCCGUACCCAACCCAACUGCGAUGAUGGAAGCUUGUUUGCUUUCGAAGCGUCAGGCCAAUAAAACCCUAUAUAUGAUUAGUUGCAUGUUCGUGACCAUUGUCAUCCAUACGGAGCUUCUUUUCUUCGUGAAACCAAUAGAUCGGUGUGCGCCCAUUCCUAAUUAAAUAUAUAUAGGUAUAAAGUUGAAAACAGGCAUCUCAGGAAUCAUAAUUCAAACGAAAUAAGGUCUUUGGGAAAGAUAAGCAAUUUCUAUUGCAAAUUUUCGACCUUGGUUCCCCAAGUCGUCCUCAGACGUGAAGAAAGUGCGCAAGAACAGUUACCAUUUAAACAUGCCAACAAAUAGAUUUUGUCUUGUCACUCCUGCUGACAUAAUGUCAUGAUUGGCCAAUGCCUUUUCCACUCCUCCUUGAGGCUGUUUUACACCGCAUCCAACUCUCCGUGUCGGUUGAUGCAUACGUUAUCAGAAUGAAUGACCUCUACAAAUUCACGGCCCUUUUGAGAUGGGCAGACACCUACAAUGCGAGUCCUGUCCCAGGCGAAUUUGUGUCCAGUUUCCAACGUAUGCAUGGCAACUUGGGACAAGUAGUCUCGCCUUUUUACGGCCAACUGAUGUUCGCGUAUUCAUGUAGUGGCCGAUUUCCCAGUUUGACUACAGUGGACCGCAUUACAGGUGUGGCAUGGUAUCUUAAAGACGACUUCCUUCUUAUUUAAACAGCCAACCCUAUCCUUAAGGUGUACAAGCCGGUUACGAAGUGUAGUCAUCGGUUUGUGCGCCACAUGUAUUUGGUACAUCCUAAGAAUAGGGUUGGAAGUCGUCUAUAAGAUACCAUGCCACACCUGUAAUGCGGUCCACUGUAGUCAAACUGGGAAAUCGGCCACUACAUGAAUACGCGAACAUCAGUUGGCCGUAAAAAGGCGAGACUACUUGUCCCAAGUUGCCAUGCAUACGUUGGAAACUGGACACAAAUUCGCCUGGGACAGGACUCGCAUUGUAGGUGUCUGCCCAUCUCAAAAGGGCCGUGAAUUUGUAGAGGUCAUUCAUUCUGAUAACGUAUGCAUCAACCGACACGGAGAGUUGGAUGCGGUGUAAAACAGCCUCAAGGAGGAGUGGAAAAGGCAUUGGCCAAUCAUGACAUUAUGUCAGCAGGAGUGACAAGACAAAAUCUAUUUGUUGGCAUGUUUAAAUGGUAACUGUUCUUGCGCACUUUCUUCACGUCUGAGGACGACUUGGGGAACCAAGGUCGAAAAUUUGCAAUAGAAAUUGUUUAUCUUUCCCAAGGAGCAUAUUUCUUUUGAAUGUAUAUAUAUGCAGACCCUAAAAAUCAUAUCUCGGAGAUUUAACUCCAAGUCCUGCACUGAGUAAUUUCUGAAAUUAUUCACUUGAUUAUUCUCUGGAGUUCAUAUACCAGAAACCGCUAGAGAACGCUGAGGGUCCCACUGAAGAGCCGAACCCCUCGCAGCUGUGUCACGCAGCGGCAGAAUAUCGGCGAAACACGUGUCUGGGCUUUUAGCAAGUAUUUAUGUCUGGAGUACGGUAUAAUACCUUCAUAUUUAUAUAUAUAUAUGCAUAUGUUGAAUAUUUAUGGUAGUGUGCAUUCCAAGAUAAUAUGAUGAAGAGAGAAGGCUCGUCGGAAAAAUUCAGUUGUACUCGUGAAUUUUAGAGCUGGUGACACCAACCUGUCGUCGGACGAAAUAAACUGUUUAUUUUGUCUGACGACGGGCUGGUGUCACCAGCUUGAAAAUUCACGAGUACAACUCAAUUUUUCCGAUGAGCCUUCUCACUUCAUAUAUGUAUAUGUAUGUAUGUAUGUAUAUAUGUUCGUAAGAAAUGAGUCCUUUAGGAAAUGGAACAAAUUUAUCUCAUAAAGUUUCGACGCUGAUUCCCCAGGUCGUCGUGAGACAUGUAGAAAGUGUGAAAAACAGUUUAACUUUAAACAUGCCCAAAAUUCGAUAUUGCUAUUUCAGUGCUGACUAUAGGUUGAUGCUGUGGGCCGACGUCUCUUUUUGAUUGGCUAUCAUCUUUUUCCUUUUCAUUGAGACUUUUGUACAUGACGUCCAGAUCUAUGAACCCAUUGAUGCAUUAAUCAUCGUAGUGAAUGUCCUCCAGCAAUUAUAGGAGUUUCUUGUAUGGUUAGGAGCAGAAAAUGCUUGUUUUAUCCCCAGCAACUUUGUGCCCAGUUUCUAUAGUAUGCAUUGCGACUUGGGAUAAGUGGUCCCGUUUCUUUACUGCCAAUUGGUGUUAAUUUAAGCGUGUGGAGGCGAAUUCUUCUAUGUGAACGCAAUAUCUCGCAUUACAAGUGCCAUACGGAAUGUUGUAGACUUCUUCUUUGCUAUCCAAAUAGCCAGCCCGAUCCUUUGGGUUUACAGGCUGGUCGCGUAGCGUAGUAGAUUGUAGCAGUAAACUUUAUUUAAUAAAUUUUCGAGACUGGUUCCCCAGCUCGUCUUCAGACUAUGCGAGUGCAAAAACAAUUAACGGCUAGAUCGCAGUUGGUAGCCAGGAAUGGGGAUGUGGACGGCGACCUUAACCCUAAUCGAAAUUGUAAACGUAACCGUUGCCCUUAAACAUAGCCGUAACUGAAAAACCUAACCUGUAAUACCGAAACCUAUUCGUACGCUCAAACCCUAACCGUAACCCGAAAACCUAAGCCUAAAGGCAUAAGCCUAUUCGGAAAAUCAGAAACCAGUAACCGGUACCCUAAUCCGAACCUUAAACGUAAAACGGAAGCCAAAUGGGUCAGAUGUGAUUAUGGAGCCCCACAUAAUAGCCCCAGUAAACAACCCCCCCCCCAGCCACCUGUAAUACGGGGCCUGGCUACCAACUGCGAUCUAGCCCAAUUAACUUCUAAACUGAGUCUGGCAAAGGAUUCUAUGAUUGUCUAAGUUCCGCAAAUAUUCCCAUGUUACAAUUGAAAAGUCAAGUUGGCGAACGCACGUUUUCGGUAAUUCUUCCUCAGGCCAAUACAAUUACAUGAACGAAUGAAAAUGUACAAAAUCAACAGUGUUUAUAGAUGCCUCAAGAGCUAUUAAGUCACUAACACUCAUCAUCCCCACGCCGCCCGCAUGAGAAGGUCAGCGGGUGUUAGUCGUCAGAGCUAGGGGAGGGGGGUAAGAGAGUCUUUGAGUAAUGAUCUUGGGUUGAGUACACGGAGUACCCAUCAUCGUGAUUAGGGAUUUGAGGCGGCAUGGCUUCAUCACUUGGGGUUGGCGUUGGCCACGGCAGCGAAAGCGCUUGUGUCAGAGUUUUCUGACAGCAUAACACCGGAUUCACUAACCGUAUAGCUACUGCCUCUGCCGUUGCUAGUAUCCGUUGGCGUAGGCCUUUAGAGACGCAUGUUGGUGUCCGGUAGACAACCUGAAAUGCUUCCUUGGCAUCGACUCGGUGGUUCGUAUCGAUUAAAUGUGCGAGAAUAGAACUCGAAAUCGACCGGGUCUCACCUCUGUCUAGCCAGGCGGGCAUAUGUUCACGCACCCUCUUUACCAGGCGUCUCGUUGUGCGGCCGAUGUAUCCUGCUCCACAGGAGCAAGUGAAUGAAUAAAUGCACAUUGAUGUGGCCUCCAACGGUAGUCUGUCUUUACCUCCCAAACGUAGGAGGGGAGAGUUUGUGAAGCAUACGCGUAAAUUCGCCGCAGGGAAUGCCCUCGUGAUAGCUGUAGUUAAGCGCCGUCGGACUAGUUCGCUCUCUGCGUCUCCUCUAAAAGGCAAUCUUAUGAAUACAUCUUUCUUUUCCGCAGUCNAAAGGAGUCUUUUAAACUUCGAGGGUAUAGGUAACUUUGCAAUGGCUUUAGUCUUUCCACUAGCCAUUUUGCAACGGUAUGAUAGGGCGAAUUCCUCAUAUCCAAGAUUGGACGUAGAGGCAGCCCUUGUUUGUGAAUUUUACGAAGGCCGUACAUUCUUGGUAUUGUCGAGCCCACCGGUCUCAGUCGUUCAUACUCUUUGCUGGACAAAUGGCCUUCUUUACAGAGAUCUUUGAGAAUAGUCGUCAGCUGACCCUCGAGAGCCUCCGUGCGAUCCUUAUCUUUCUCAGAUUUUGAGAACUUGGAACGAUCCGACAGUAUUUCCUCUAGUUUCGCCACAUAAUCCGUCCUAUCCAUCAGUAGUACUCCUGAACCUUUAUCCGAUCUAGUAGGCACAAUGGUUUUGUUUUUACGAAGCUCCCUAAGGCUAUCGAUAUGGGCCCUUGUCAAGGGACCCUUGUUUCUCGGGGACUUCCUUAGAAACUGUUGGCAGAAGUUAACCAGAGUCGACUUAAGACAAUCAACUUCUCUAGCUUCGGUGGGUUUUAGAUCUGCAGUCUGACUAAAGAGACUCUCAAAUUGGAUUUCUAGCUCUAAUUGUUUCGGCAUCCGCCGUGCAAUACAAAACUUAGGGCCAAGAGCUAGUACCUCUACGAGAUCUUUAUCAAGACGUACUAAAGAAUAGUUAUGCACGUACCGUUCCGGAUUGUUCGGAAGGACGGUCUGAGGAUUUACUGACUGGACGCUUCGUAGGAGUUUAGUUCACCUGGCCUCCAUUCUUUUAAUUCUGACUGUAUCCACAUAGUCUUUAAAUGCCAAUCUCUCGUGGUUUUCAAGGCAGUCGAGAGCCCCUGCUCUCUGACACAAGUUCCGCUGGAGUUCUUUAAUUCCGGCAUUAACUGUCUCAAGGUGACUUUCUGCGUGUCGUUUUAGUGCAGUUGAAGUUGCGGCGAUAUGGUUUCUCCGUAAGGUUUUCCAGUAGUAUUUGGGAUAUUCACCCCGUUCAAUACAUCCUGAUAAAAAUUUCCUCGUCACAUGUGCCUCCUCAAGUCUGGUGUUAAACUUUAGGAAUUCAUUGAGUUCCUUUAACACCGAGGGAUCUUUGGAUUGUCUAAGUUCCCCAAAUAUUCCCAUGUUACAAUUGAAAUUCUAUGAUUGGCCAAAGUCUGAGCCAAUGCAUGUUGAUUGCAAUUUGUCAUCUCCUCGAGAUUGGUUAAGCCGCUUUGAAUUUGUCUUUAACGAUUUUUUAUCUGACAUCCAGAUCGGUAUGCCGGUUGAUGCCUGUCCCAUCUGAGUUCAUUGCCUCCAGGAGUUCACGACCUUUCCUUAUUGGGCAGGCUCCAAUAAUGCGAGUGUUCCCCACACAAAUUUGUGUCCACUGUCCGGUGUGUAUACGGCCACCUAGGAUAGAUGGUCGCGUCUCUUCACAGCUAACUGAUGUUCGCAUAUACGUGUUGAGACAGAUUUCCCAGUUUGGCCACAAUAGACGGCAUCACAACUGGAACAUUGGAUUUUAUAGACAACACUAUUCCUUUCGAGGUAUCUAAACCUGUCUUUUGGGUGUUCAAGCUGUGUGCGUAAGGUAGUUGCCGGCUGGUGUGCUACAUGUAUCUACGAUAUCUAGUUGUCUUUCGACCAGCUCAGAUAAAUUUUUCACGUAUGGGAGAGUUCGCCAGGUGGUUGGUUUUGGUGCCCGAGCGGCCGUAGCAUUAGAAACGUCCUUUCCCUUGAAUUUCUGGUGCCUCAUGCAUUGACAUAUAAAAUCAUGUGGAUACCCAUUUUGGGAGAGUAGUUUGUAAAGGUAUUUCAUUUCUGCCUGAUAGCUUGUUUCAUCAGAACAGCGGGUUUUUGCUAGAUUUAGAAGGCUGUCGACUGUACUCCGUUUGUGAGACACAGGAUGGUUAAUCUCAAAGUGUAUGAUGACCUCUGAAUAUGCCUCUUUGCGAUAAACUGAUGUGUGACGUGAUCCAUCGGUUUUUCGACUUACAAGAACAUCCAGGAAUGGGAGUUGUCCAUCAACCUCUGUUUCGAAAGUAAACUUGAUUCCUGGAAAUACAGAGUUGACACUGGUAUGGAGCAGGUUAAACUGAUUCGUCUUGACGAUGACAUAGGUCAUCGUAUUUAAAGGGGGGGGGAAGACAAUCGUGUUAACACGGUGUUAAUUAGACGGGGGCAUCGUUAAUCGACUUUGGCGCUAAUGGUCCGCAUACGCGCACAAGGAUAGUCUCUGUAUUCGCCGGCUCAGAGCAGGAGUGAGGGUGACUGCUGUCAGUUUGCCGGUCUUUCGUCGGGGGGCGGCAUUUGAACGUUAGUGACCAUCGCCCGCAUUCGCGGUGACCUUAGUUGCUGUCCUGGGUUGCUAGUCUUGAUUGCAUCCCUCUGACCGCGUUUCUCCCCGUCUGCUGGAGUAGUGGUUGAAGUAGCAGUGUUGAUGACUGAGCUUUCGUCGGUGUGGCUGCGUGUAGGUCCGUCGUAGGUUCUCCCGGGUUUGAAUUCACGUCUAGUCUAACCUCGCGCAUGCUCUUUCGUCCGUUGAGCUGCGCCCGGAGGACUUGGUAGGCCGCCGGAAGGGCGACACAACGGUUUAUUGAGGUAGUCUCCGUGUGCCAAGCCUCCAUUGUUUCCCUGGCUACGCGGUCACUGCCCCGACCCGGACUUUUGGCGUUCUGGAAGGCGAAAGUGUGUUCAGAGUCCGCGCAGUGUUCCGGCACCAACGACAAUGGAUCCAUUCUCCUCACUGCUCGCAUGUGUUCAUUACCACGGGCUUGUAACCGUUUGCCUGUCUCUCUGACGUAGUUCGCUCCAAAAAAUUUAUACUUGACCCGGUAGAUGACAUUUGUCGUCUCACCUCGUGGCAGAGGGGCCUUCGGCUUCAUAACCAAAUGUCGAAAGGUUGAGUCAAAGAAAGCUAAGGGAGAUUGGGGUGGCCAUUCCUGAUCCGUUAGUCGUCAUCAGUCAGUCAUGCGUAACCCUGGGGUUGGGUAAUCUGGUAUUCGAAGCCGAAUUCUUCGACUAUUUAGUCGUAAAUCCAACGCUAGACCUUUAGACAACGGGCCUGUUCGCCCGUCGUUAACUUUCAGAAGCGCACUGUAAGCAGGGGAAAGGUACAUUACUGGUUUAACCAACUGCUGUACCCCUGGCCGAACCAACCAUGCAAUGGCUGGCGCCAGUGAUCUUUCAAAUAUCACAGACGGAACUCCUAGACUCGUUCUUUGGAUGACACUGUCAUCAUCGAACUGGGUUGGCAUUCAAAGAACACAACUGGCGUCUUUUCACAUGCAAUUUACAUCAUAGUAGGAGGAAAACGGUCAACUACGGUUUAUUGAUGUUCUUGCCGUCAGCAAAGAUUGUAAUGAGCUUAAGACCAAAGCGUUAGGGCAAGCGACAAAUGCUAUGCAACUACUAAGCUUCAGCAACGACCACUCAACCAUCCACGAACGAACUUGCGUAAGGACGCUAUAACGCCAUGUGGAGAUGCACUGCAGGGAACUGUAAGACAGUUACCGGAUUACAAUACCUUCAUGGAAUACUCAGAGCAAACACCUACUCGUGUAACUUCGUCCAUUGGUGUAAAAACGAGACGAGAGACCAAACCACAGAAGCCCUGGAUCGUUGUGAGCAUUUUCACACGUUAAUUAAAUCCCCGAGGCCGCCGGCCACCUUCUCACACCUCUUAAGGUCGAGGUUGCCUGUGAAUCUGAGGGCAGUAUAAGGCGCCGUAAUACCCACCACCGUGGCAUGAAACGUCUGGGAUAGUUUGCCUGGUGCAGUUCAAUUGUGCACGGAUCGACCACGUCGGCGAAACUGGAAGACCACUCCGCACGCGGAUAGUCGAACGUUCAGCAGUAGUGAGAAGGAAUAAUGCCAACUCUCAAGUCGCUGCUUGUUCGAUGGAACACAACCACACCUCCAGGUCUGACAAGGCCAAAAUUCUCGAGAUAAGUCAGAGCCGCGUGUGCUGCGGUCUACUUAUGUCAUGGUUCCCCGGUUCACAGUCCAUCGACAAGCACAGUGACUUCUUCACUCGAUAUUUGACCCCCAGACGUUGCAUGGUCAGAGUAUUUAGACACACACGAGGAGCAGGCAGUCAAAUGCUGCUUCCAGUGACGGUAUCCAUGAGAGACAUGGCUGGAUCAUUAUCACCCCCAAUGGACAUGGAAUUGGGGCAAUUUAUGAUUCGGAUGAGCGUAAUCACCUCACUAUUGACCUGAGUGCGAACAUUUGCGAUGAAUACGAGAGUUGAAAAAUUAGCAGGUGCGGCAUGACAUAGCAACCACAUACUGUAUAUACGGCAGCUAUGUAGGCGUCUGUCACUUCUUUCCAUUGCUAUAAUUGAGUAUAUGUCUGAGAGUGGAACGGAAACCUCAGGCGAAUAAGGUUUCUGUCCGAGUGAUGAAGAUUACUUCCCCCUGUUAUUUAACAGUUCUUGUGGCACUUAAGCCCAGGACAACCGUAUGUUAUUCCUAACAUUCUGAUGGUAUUUCGGCUUCUUAAUCUCAGAAAUUGACGGGCUAAUAUGAAAUAAACCCUUCGGGCAAAUCUGUUUGGGCCGGGUCCGAAAGUUUCCGUGAAUCGAAAUCCACCAACUUUGACGGGCUAACAUUCUACGUACAUAUGCUAUAGAACUGACUGUGAAAAAAUAGAAAAAUGCAAUCAAUGAACUGUUACAGGUCAACGAAUGCGAUAUAAACGAUGAGGGCUUUUAUGAGAUACACCCCCUGCGGCUCUAAUGCUCAACUGUUACGUGUAACAGCGUAUUUCAUUAUUUCUUGAACACUAACUGAACGCUUUUUCACUAUUAUUGUGAUUGCCAACUGACACUGAAAACUGAAUUAAUUCAUUUGUAUUUUUGUUACUUCAUGCUGAGUACCUUAUAGCUAGCAGUCGAACAACGGAACUACCUCCUCGAAAAUUAAUUCGCAAUCUCGGCUGUCGACUGUUCCACUGUUUGUUAGCUUCAUACCUCCAGCAUGCUCAUUUACAUUUUUGCGCACGUGUCGCAUUUGAGUCUCGGUUGUUGGUUCUGAUUUCAAAUCUCCCAUCGCCACCUGGUGUAACGGUGCCGUUAGGCUUUUUUGUUCACUUUUUGGCUGAGAAAAGCUCUAAAGGCCAGAACUUCAUCUGCAGUUAUCAUGAUCUUGUUUGGAAAGAGAUAAUUGUAUUUGCCAAUGUACUUGUUAAAGGCGAGUAAUACCUCUGCAAAUGAAUGCAUGGACUGUAAUUUCCGUUCACCUUUUUCUUCCUCAGACUUACACCUUUUAUAUCGCAUCAGCGUUCAAUCAAUAAUAAUUUUAGAAGGAGUACUCUCCUCUGUCUUUACGAUUCCGCAUACUUUAUAUGUGUCUGUCUCAACAACUCCGUCUUAUGCACUAAAUCCUUGUUCGAAGUGAAAGUAAAAUCACCUUGAAAAUGUUAAUUAUGUUUCUGGUAGCCGCUGAAGUUUGCCUCCGGUUCUUAUUCAUAUAUUCGAAUUAGAAUUGAAUUUGGCAUGACUGGUUGGGAAUAUUCCUGCGAAUAAAUAACAGGGGUUUAUUCUGCGUUACGUUUUCGUGUAGAUUUGCGACUGAACAGCUCACCGGAAAUAUUAAUACUAUACAAGUUGACUCUUUGUAAAAACCUUUUUUGACAGUCCAAAUCUUUUAAAACAGUGUUUGUCGUAACCAACUCCCUAUAAUAUUAUGAGUUAAAUAGUAUAUACUUGAUGGCUAUAGUAAACCCUUGUCUUCAACAGGUUGUGUGCGUAGACCCCGUGGGUUCAAAUCUUGCGGACGAUUUUCUUGGUCCUAACCCAACCAGUGGACCUUACAACGUCGAGGGCAUCGGCUACGACUUCAUCCCAACAGUCUUCGACAGAAGUGUGGUGGACGAUUGGGUCCGUGUAGAUGAUAGGGAUGCAUUCGAAAUGGCCCGACGUCUAAUUAGACAUGAGGGUCUCCUUUGUGGUACGUCCCUUGUUUGUAAUUUGUGCCUGCGUAUUCCUUUACUUUACGUAAGUACAAAUUGCACCUUUGUUUCCCCUUAGCUUACAAAACCUAUACGUGUCCAUAUGGCGCUGAACUAA